AAAAUCCGAUUUUAUAAUUAUGAAUCGUUGGGAGCAUUCGGAAUAACUGCUCGUGAGCAUCCUAAGACCUUUCUGUGGGACUUACUGGAAUUGACAUAUUGGAAUGAACUCAGUACAGCACUAUCUACAUAUGAAAUCUUUUGCGAAAUUGCUGUACGGCAUGAGAAAAUACUUGACUUACCUUUUCGCCAGAUUUUCAACAUCCAUUUAUGCCUCUUGAAAUCUAUCACUCUUGAAUUGGUAAUUUUCGGUAUAUGGAAUGCUUACGUUGAGGUUGGCCGCCGUAUCACAAAGGAUGGGGGUAUCGUCGGCCAAGGUACCGAUGUAGUGCGGGGCAGGAAAGGGAGAUCGACCGGUACAACGGGCAUGGGAAGUCUGUAAAGUGGGAUUUUGGAUCCACGUUGACUUGGGGAGUAGCCUAUCAUACAUCUCGAAUGCCUAUUCAUGGCUUACAGCCGACUGUGAGACAUAUCUGUCUUGUGGAGCCUCGAAUCAUCGUUGAUACUGAGAGGGAAAGCAGGUUAUCGUUUUUCUUUUCCUGUCGAGAUAAGCACAGCUGGUCGACUUUGGGUUACCAUGAACCACACACGGUCUGACAAAUUGGGCCGGGGGGUGUCCUCGUAUAAAGCUGGUGGGUAGGUGGGUUGUGCCCGAGCGAUUGUGUGACUUUUUCUAUUACUUUAUCUUCUGGGAUGUUGUGGAGAAGAGGGGAUUCGAGAUUGAUGAAAUACAGUACGUAAGAGUGAGAAGGGUACCUACAAUACGACUUCGUGUCGUUUAAUUCACGCUCCGUUGGUUCUAUACUCAACAUAAUCAUGAUGGAAGCUUCCAUCAAAAAUGAAAAGGUGGAUGUAAUCACGCCUCAAACUGAUGUCGAAAUCGGCCCUGUCAUCGAUCCCGCGAGGGAGCGAAAGUUAAUCCUGAAACUCGACUUGUUUAUUGCUCCAGUGUGUACUCUCAUCUUCCUAGCUGCUUACCUGGAUCGGUCAAAUAUUGGUAAUGCGGCUUCGGCUGGAAUGACGAAAGACCUGAAUAUGGACGGUGGUCAACUUGGAAGUAAGUCGUUUCCUGUAGUCAAAUGUAAAUUAUCAACUGAUGCCAAAACAGAUGCCAUAACUCUCUUCUACGUCUUAUAUGUCUCCGCAGAAGUUCCUUGCUCGCUUGUGUUGAAGAAAUUCCAUCCUAGUGAAAACCCCAAGAGCCCAAUCUCUUAAGACCUCUGAACUAAUCAUGUUUUCAAAGGUCGUCUAAUACCAGCUCUCAUGUUUUGCUGGUCUAUCGUUCUUAUCGGCAUGGGAUUUAUCCAGACUGCGAACCAACUGUAUGCUUGUCGCCUCCUCCUAGGUCUCUUCGAGUCCGGAAUGUUCCCAUGUCUCGCUCUGUACCUGAGCACUUUCUAUCUCCCAGCCGAACAAGCAGUCCGCGUCUCCUACUUGUUCGUCUCAGCAGCCUUAUCUGGUUCCUUCGGUGGACUUUUCGCCUACGCGCUCCUCAAAAUGGACGGCGUAGCCGGCCUCGAAGGUUGGAGAUGGCUCUACAUAAUCGAAGGCUGCGUCACAGUUGGCAUUUCAAUAGCCAUAGUCUUUCUCCUCCCGGACAACUUCGAAAGCGCCUACUUCCUCAACGAAGAAGACCGCGUCCUCAUGCGCAUCCGCGCCGAUCUCAAUGCGCGCUACAACGGCAAACCCGACUUCGAAUGGCGCGAAGUGAGGAAAGCACUCACCGACAUGAAACUCUACAUCAGCUGCUGGUCCCAAUUCUGGGGGGACAUCUGCCUGUUUGGAAUCUCCUCUUUCCUACCGCUGAUCAUCAAAGGCUUCGGAUAUGACACGGUGACGACGCAACUUCUCACCAUCCCGGUCUUCGCCUGGGCUUCUGCGGCGUAUCUCUUUGUUUCCUGGCUCUCGGAUCGUUAUAAGCGACGAUAUUUCUUCAUGGUGCCCGCGGUGUUACUUUCGGCUGUGGGAUAUGCUGUCAACCUGGGAGUUUCGGAGCAGAACAGGGGAGUGCUGUAUUUUUCGACCUUCUUGAUUGCGCCGGGGAUUUAUAUCAUUGUGGGGAUUAAUUGUACUUGGUUGCUUAACUCGCAUGCGGGGUAUUAUAAGAGGGCUACGGCGAUUGGGAUGAAUCAGGCGCUGGGAAAUACCUCGGGUAUUGUUGUGAGUUUCCCAUGUUUCUUCUCCCUUCGCGCAAUUGGAUCAUAAAUCAUCUUGUUUCUUGUACUGAGUCGUAUGUAGGUUGGACAGAUCUUCAAAACGACGGUUCAUGGUAAGUACCUUUUGGGAUUGAGCUUCUCGCUUGGCGCAGUUUUGCUAGCGGGUCUUGGACAUAUGGUUCUUUACUUUCAUUUUUCAAGGGAGAAUAAGAGGAGGGAUGAGAUGGAUGAUGAGAAGAGGGAGUAUGAGAUUCUCAAUGGGACGGGAGGGGAUUUUCAUCCGGAUUAUAGGUAUGCUUUAUAGCGGCUUUGCUUGGUGGUGGCACAGUUAGUCAGGGGCGCAUUGCAAGUAUGUUUUCAUUGAUUUUUAUAAUGAAUUGCGCGAUGAUAAGUGCAUUACAAGCUGAUUAUACACUGUUGGUGUGUAGGGCUAGCUGUCAGUAAGCUAGCUACCGGUUUGACUCGAACAUGAAUAAAAGGGCAUGGAUGAGAUAGUCACAAAAAGGGGUUUUCGGUAGACUCAUCAUUUAAACUUACAAGAAAAUAUAGUGCCAG